CUGCGCCGGGCGCAGUCUUCUCCGUCACUGACGAGGGACACUCCACCCACAGCCGCUGGGACCUUCCCUUUCGCCUUCGCGAGCGCCUGCUGCCGUCGCGAGGACUUCCUCCUACGCGCAACCCUCUUUCUUGCGAUCUUCGAAGCGACUGAACGCUCCUAGCCGCCCACGCUUAUCCAUAAAACCCCUAGAAAGUAGUCUUCAUCCGUAAUCCUUGAAGCUUCACCUGUCGAUCGCCGUGCAAAUGGAGGAAAUUUGUUGCUGACGACUUGAAUCGAAAUCGUUCUAGGGUGAGGCCGAUUCUGAACGCGGUCAUAAUUCCCUUAACGCAAAAACAAUGAGAAUGCUUCGAGGUAUUGUACUUCAGACAUUAUCUUCGCCUUCUUUAAGUGAGAUCUACAGCUUUGGCCCGUUUAACUACAACAUACAAAAACGAUGGAAGAAACCAGUAGAUUCUGCACAAACCCGUCUGGAGAGCAGAACAAUAGAUUUUACGUUAGACAAGCUGAUGAACCACUUAAAGAAGCUAAGGCAAGCACUGGGAGUUCAUGAGUUAAUGUCUAAACGUAGGGGUCACUACACGUCUGUCCAGCUGCUCUCGAAAUGGAGACAUAUGAGUGGCUUGAACACGAGUAUAGGUGCCUUUCUAAGGAAGUACCCUCACAUUUUUGAGGUGUACGUUCACCCAGUUAAGCGAAAUCUUUGCUGUAAAACAACACAAAAGAUGGUUGACUUGAUCACUCAGGAAAGUGUUGUCAUCAAAGAAACUGAACAGGAUGCUGUUCGGAGAUUGAAAAAACUUCUAAUGCUGUCCACAAAUGGGACUUUACACCUCCAUGCAUUAUGGCUUAUACGAGAGGAGUUGGGUUUGCCCGAUGAUUUCAGGAACUCAGUUAUUCCAAACUAUCCAGAUGAUUUUAGAGUUGAAGAACCAGAUACCUUGGUACUGAUAUCCUGGGACUCAAGUUUGGCAGAAGCAUCAAUUGAGAGAUGGAGGGAGAAUGAGUAUAGGGAAAAAUGGUUGAGUGAACAUGAAACUAAGUUUGCUUUCCCAAUUCAGUUUCCCACAGGCUAUAAGAUUGAAAAAGGGAUGAGAGAAAAGCUAAAGAAUUGGCAGAUGCUCCCUUACUUGAAACCUUAUGAGAAGAAGGAUAACCUCAGGGUUGGCAGUGCUACGCGAUUUGAAAAGCGUGUUGUCAGUAUUCUUCAUGAAUUUUUAAGCUUGUUGGUGGAGAAACGGCUGGCGGUUGAAAGGCUGGCUCACUUCAGAAGAGACCUUAGUAUGGAAGUAAAUGUGAGAGAGCUAAUUCUUAAACACCCUGGCAUAUUUUACAUCUCCACAAAAGGGAACGCCCAAACCAUGUUUCUUAGAGAAGCUUACUGCAAAGGUUCUCUUGUUGACCCCAACCCUAUUUAUGUAGUAAGAAAGAAAAUGCUAGAUUUGGUAUUGAUGGGAAGCAGAAACACUGGACAGGUGCAACAGAUGGAGCAGCUUGAAGAAAGACAUAACUUGUUAAGCAAUGAUUCUCUUAUAAAUGAUUGUAAUGAUGAUUGGUUUCUUCCAACCACUGAAGAUACUGUCGAAGGACAAAUUAUUGAUAGUCUUGACAGCAUUGGCGAGCAUUAUACUGAGGUAGAGCAGGAGUAAUUUAAGGACAAAUUAUUGAUAGUCUUGACAGCAUUGGCGAGCAUUAUACUGAGGUAGAGCAGGAGUAAUUUUCCUUUUCAGGAAGUUCCUAUGAGUCAUACAAAGACCAGAAGUGGAGGGAUAGCAUGCACCAUCGAGGAACACCCAACAACUCAGCUGCAAGAAGAGGUACAAUGUGGAAGUAGAGGGAGAGAGCUCAAAGACAGUCAACACAAGACAGCAACAGUAGCUCACUGAUAACUCCUGGAGCAGGAACUAGUUGGUACUCAUCUUUUACUGAGACAGGAUGGAAUUCCUUGCUACAGAUCACAAGCCUUCAGAGAACCAGCUGUGCUAAUUGGAAAAGAUCAAACUGACAAGAAGUCUUUCUUGGGGCAGAUGUUUUCCUUGGCAAAAUUGAUAAUCAACCUAGAUGGCAUUCCGAGAACAGUGAGACUAAAAUGAACGUUGGGCAAAAGUUAAAAGUGCUCCCUUAUUAUUUUUUUUAAAAGGUUUUUUUUUCUGUGGUAGUUUUUUAUAAUGUGUUAAAAUAAAUUUUUAUUGGGUUAAUUCUCAAUCUAGUUCCUCGUUAUUUAACGUGA